CGGGGCCGGCGGCAGCGGCAGCGGCGCGGGGUCCAGGGAUCCCCGGGUCCGGGGGUCCAGCGGAUGUGCUUCCGUCCCUGCGUCCCCGUCCCAUCCUGUCCCUGCCGUGCCUGUCGGGUCCUGGUGCAGGGGUGCGGGGCAGCCCCAGCUCUUGGCGUGUAGUGGACAAAGAGGCAAACGUGGCUCUGCCCCAGCCCCGCGCCAGGCUGCGAGUGAGGGGCCGUGUCCUGUCCAGGACUGGGACCAUGGACCCUCCGGACCUGCCCACUGCGCCCACAGGUGACAGAGCGGAGAGUGACCCCAACAACAACGAGCAGGAGAAGGGGGAGCAGGGCGAGGGGGACUGUGGGGAUGAGGUUCCGGAAGCUGACAGAGCCGCCCCGGGCAGCCCGGCAUGUGGAGACGCAGGCGGGGACCCCGCUGCCAGCGCCCGAGGCGAGCCCCUCCCGGGCGCGGGGGCGCUGGUGGAACUCAGGGCUGCGGCCCCCCCUCGAGUGAACCCCUACUCCGUCAUCGACAUCAGCCCCUUCCAGGGGGAGGCGCCCCCCUCCCCGGAGCCCGCCGUGUCUGAGGAGGGUGGCGUGGCUGUGCCCAGCGGGUACUCGGUGCCCGUGCCCUGCGGCUACGCAGUACCCUGCAGCCUUCCCGCGCUCGUGCCCGCCUACACCAGCCCCGUCCUUCUGCGCUCCAGCUCAUGCGACGACCAAGCAGAGGCCCCGGAAGUGGCAGCGGACAGCCAGCUGGAGUCUCUCGGCUCCGAGGGUCCGACACCCAGUGACAAUGCCCAGGAGGACAACGCCCUGGCCCGGUGGGCGGCUGACCCAGCCAACACCGCAUGGAUGGACAAUGCCGAGGAGGCUGUUUAUGACGACGUUCCCAGGGAGAACUCAGACUCAGAACCAGAGGAGAUGGUGUACGACGACGUGGAGAACGGAGACGGGGGAGGAAACAGCUCUGUGGACUACGGCUGGAGCUCGAGCGAGUUCGAGAGUUAUGAGGAGCAGAGCGACUCCGAGUGCCGGCACGGGGUGCCUCGCUCCUUCCUGCGCAGCAGCCACAGGAAGCAGCUCUCCCGUGACCUGGCCCGCCUCAAGGAGCACUAUGAGAGGAGGGUGAGAGAGUUGAUGGCGAGCACAGUGGCGGCCGUAGAGAUGCAGCAGCUAAGGCAGAAGCAUGAGCUGAAGAUGCAGAAGCUGGUGAAGGCAGCCAAGGAGGGCACCAAGGACGGGCUGGAGAGGACCAAGGCCGCCGUGCGCAGGGGACGCUCCUUCAUCCGCAGCCACUCCCUGCUGCCCCAAGACCCCAGAGACGGCCUGGACGAGGAGCAGAACCCUUUCAUCGACGUGGAAUGCCAGCACCCCGAGGCCGUGCUCACCCCGAUGCCCGAGGGCCUGUCUCAGCAGCAGGUGGUCAGGAGGUACAUUCUGGGCGCCAUUGUGGACAGUGAGAAGAACUACGUGGACUCCCUGCAGAGGAUCUUGGAGCACUACGAGAAGCCGUUGUCCCAGAUGGAGCCUCGGAUCCUGAGCGAGCGGAAGCUCAAGGUGAUCUUCCACCGGGUCAAGGAGGUUCUGCAGUGCCACUCCCUGUUCCAGAUUGCGCUGGCCAGCCGCGUGGCCGAGUGGGACUCGGUGGAGAUGAUCGGGGACGUCUUUGUGGCCUCGUUCUCCAAGUCCAUGGUCCUGGACGCCUACAGUGAGUACGUGAACAACUUCAGCUCAGCUGUGGCCAUCCUCAAGAAGACCUGUGCCACCAAGCCCGCCUUCCUGGAGUUCCUGAAGCAGAGCCAGGAGAACAGCCCUGACCGGACCACCCUGUACAGCCUGAUGACCAAGCCCAUCCAGAGGUUCCCCCAGUUCAUCCUCCUGCUGCAGGACAUGCUGAAGCACACCUGCCCAGGCCACCCUGACAGGCUGCCGCUGCAGAUGGCGCUGACUGAGCUGGAGACACUGGCAGAGAAGCUCAAUGAGCGGAAGCGGGAUGCGGACCAGCGCUGCGAGAUGAAACGCAUCGCCAAGGCGGCCAACGAGCGCUACCUGAACAAGCUCCUCAGCACCGGGAGCCGCUACCUGGUACGCUCGGACGACAUGGUAGAGACGGUGUACAGCGACAGGGGCGAGAUGCUGAAGACCAAGGAGCGGCGGCUCUUCAUGCUCAAUGACGUGCUUAUGUGCGCUACCGUCAGUGCCCGCUCGCAGGACGGCAGCACCACCACGUCACCCGGCCACAGGUACCUACUCAAGUGGAGUGUCCCUCUGGGGCACGUGGAGCCCAUUGAGUAUGGCAGCAACGAAGGCACCGGAGAGCACGGCCGGGGCUCCCCCGAGCACCCCCAUGAGAGCCUGCUGCUGGAGGCUGCUUCCAAGCCCAGCGGGGGUUCCGUGGGACCAGGCCAGCUGCACCAGGACCUCCAGAACCUUCUCCACGACCUGGCUGUGCUGGGGCAGAUCUCCCAGCUCAUCGGGACCCUGCGGGGGCAUUACCAGAACCUCAACACAUCAGUGGCCCAGGACUGGACGGCAGGCUUGCGGCGGCUGAUCCUGAAGAAGGAAGAGGACAUCCGGGCGGCUGCCUGCUGCCGUCUGCAGCUGCAGCUCCCGGGGAAGCCCGACAAGUCUGGGCGUCCCACCUUCUUCAGUGCCGAGUUCAACACGCUCAGCCCCGCGGUGAAGGCGUCCUGGCUGCAGAGCCUGCACACAGCCAAGCUGGGCCUGGAGGAGGACAACCACCUGGGCUGGUUCUGCGUGGAGGAUGACGGGAAUCAGAUGAAGAAGGACAGACACCCGCUCCUGGUGGGGCACGUCCCCGUGACGGUGGCCAAGCAGCAGGACUUCAAGAUUGAAUGUGCCGCCUACAACCCUGAACCGUUGGGCGAGAGCCAGCCGGACCUGCCCGCCUCCGGCCACGGCUUCCUGUGGGUCGGCAGCUGCGCCGGCCAGAUGGGGCAGGUCGCCAUCGUCUCGUUCCAAAACUCCAGCCCCAAAGUCCUGGAGUGCUUCAACGUGGAGUCUCGCAUCCUGUGCAUGGUGUACGUGCCCAGCCCCGAGCCCACGCCCGAGGCCGCCCACCCUGCCGCCGGUCCCACCAUCUGCCUGGGGACAGAGGAAGGAAGCAUCUCCACCUACAAGAGCAGGCAGGGAGCCAAGAAGGUCCGGCUGCAGCUCUUCUUCUCCCCCAACAAGUCCUCGGUCCUGGCUCUGGCCUGCACCCCACACGGGCUCUACGCGGGGCUUGUCAAUGGGACGGUGGCCAUCUAUGCCAGAGCCGAAGACGGGACCUGGAGCCCCGAGCCGCAGCAGGUGGUGGUGCUGGGUGUGCUGCCGGUGCGGAGCCUGCUGCUGACCGAGGACACACUGUGGGCCGCGUGUGGAGGGCAGGUGGCCCUGAUCGGCCUGGGCACGCACGCCCUCGAGAGCCGGCUGGAGGCCCACCAGGACGAGGGCAUGGUGGUGUCCCACAUGGCCAUUGCCGGCGUGGGCAUCUGGGUUGCCUUCACCAUGGGGUGCACCCUGCGCCUCUUCCACACGGAGACGCUGCAGCACCUGCAGGACGUCAACGUGGCCACGCCUGUCCACCACAUGCUUCCAGGGCACCAGCACCUGUGUGUCAGCAGCCUGCUCGUCUGCCACGGCCUGCUGAUGGUGGGCACCAGCCUGGGCUUCGUGGUGGCCCUGCCCGUCCCUCGUCUGCAGGGGAUCCCCAAAGUGACAGGCCGGGGCAUGGUCUCCUACCAUGCGCACAGUGGGCCCGUCAAGUUCCUGCUCAUGGUCAGUGCCACCCUGAAGAAGGACCGCGAGCGUCCCCCGGACAGUCCGCCCCCGUCGGACCCCCAGGGUGAGGAGUUGCAGGGGGUGCCUCCGGAGGGUCCUGCCAGCCCAGACGCAGCUGUGUGGCUGGGGGGCUCUUCAGGCCCUGCCCUGCUCAGGGGCGGCUUCUCCUCAUCCUCGGGGUCGCUGACCCCCUCCCAGGGCUCCAGCUCCCUGGACCUGCGACCGGAGGACGGGACCCUCGGGGACCUCCUGCUGCAGCCCCAGGGGCCGCCCAGUGGGGGCCGGCGGGGGCUCAGGGCACGGACCAGUUCGGUGCUGGUAGCAUGCGGGGGCCAGGGCCACCGAAGGCUGAGCCGGAGGGGCCGGCAGCAGCGGCCCGAGGAACUGGCCUCCAGCCUGAUGGUGUGGCAGCUUCACUGCUGAGUGUGGACACCCCGGGCGGAGCUGUGUGUCCUAAGCCACGUCCUGCUUGGACUGCAGGAAGGAAGGAGGCAGAGCCCUGCCUGCAGGCUCGCUGGAUGGACGUCCUGAACCUGUAUUUAUGUUCUGUGCCUUUUAACUCCGUUUGUGUAUGUGUGUGGCGGGGGUGAGGGGGUGUCUGCUUCCAGGACCACACACCUGUGCAGGAGGGGCCACCUCGUUCCGGGAGCAGACAAGAUUUUCCAGGGGUCUCGGGCCUGGGUUGUAUAUUUUAACAAAGUAAUAUUUUUUAUAUCGUGUUUUUCUAUUUAAAAUUAACCGUUAAUGAUUUAGUGUAUUGCCUAUGCUUCACGUGUCUGAACCAAAUGCAGCCUAUGGUGCUACUGCGGCUGAGUCCGUGCCUGGAGGCUGCUCCCUGGGCUGGUCUCUGCAGAUGUGGGCAGGUGGGGGGUGUUGGCACCGACCCUCACCUGGACACGGUUCAUCCGUCAGUAUGGUGUGUCCCUGCUGGCGUGGGACGCAGCCAGGGAUGUGACCGCCCCUCUACGCCAUCCCUCGUUCUCUGGAGCGGGCUGCAUUGCAUCCUGCCUCGAGAGACUCUUCAGCACUUUACAAACGCCUUAAAGCGCUAAUGUUGCAGCAGAAACAAGCGUUUCCACAGAACGUGAGAAACGUGAAAGCAGCAGUCCCGGCUUCCGGCCACGGUUGGUGGCUGACUCGUUCCGUUAAUAAAGCCAUUUCUGUG